AUGAAAGCGAUGAUUUUAAUGUUUAAUGUACCAUCAUGUCAACUUGUACGAUCACAUAUUCAAGCAGAAUCCAGAAAUUCAACUAUAUUACAAUCAUGUAUAUUUAAUUUCAGUCAACAUCAACCAGAAGUAUCAUCUCAUAGACAUGAAUUUAUAACAACUGGAUCUCAAAAUUUAUCGAAUCAGUCAGGAAUGAAAGAGCUUUUCUUACAAAGAUCAUUUACUGUUAAGCGUUUCCUUGCUCUAUUAAAUGAAAAUCAUGAUGAUUUUAUUCAAGCAGCACUUUCAAGUUUAAAAGAUUAUACAAUUAAUUUACAACGACGAAUUAAAAUUCUUCGUGAUCCAGCUUGUUUCUGUUCAAAAUAUUAUUCGAAUUCAGGUAGAAUAAAGUCUUAUUAUCAUUCAUUAGAAAUCGAAAGUCACGGAUGA